UCAUAGUAACUGCGCUGUUAGACACCUGAGUGGGCCUCUGACGGGGAUCCGAGGCUGAGGACACACUGACGAAUCAGUCUGGGUGAAGCUGCUGAGGACAGAGACAGAGAACAGAGAUCUCUUCCAUCAUGCCGAGAAAAAACGACAUCGCUGCAAUGGAAGAUGUCGGGAUCGAGAUAGAUGGCGGCAUGAGCGACAGCGAUGAUGGAUCCACCAAGAAGAGAGUCAAUAGGAGGCAGGCAGCUGGAAGAGGAGGAGCAAAAGGACGAGGUCGAGCCAAAAAGCCAGCCAGUGAGGAUGAGGAGGAAGAAGAGGAGGAGGAAGACGCUCCAAGGGGACGAAAGGGAGCAAACAAGAAGAAGCCCAACAGGAAGCGUGAUGAUGAUGAUGAUGAUGAUGAUGAUGAAGAUGACAAUGAGGAUGAAGCUCCCAAGAGGAAGCGAGGAGGAGCGGCCAAUAAGAAACGAGGAGGCAAGAGGAGGGACAGUGAGGAAGAGGAUGAGGAAGAAGAGGAGGUAAAGAAGGGAAAGAAAGGAGGGAAAAAAGGAGGGAAGGAGACAGAGAAUAGCAAGGACAAGAAGGGUGAUCCUAAAGGCAAGGACAAAGGGAAAGACAAAGAUGAUGACAAGAAGAAGAAGAAGAAGAAGAAGGAUGACAGUUCAUCUGAUUCCAGCUCAAACUCGGAAGAGGAGGACUCCAUGUCAGAGGGAGAGAUGGCCCGGCUGAUGGAGGAGGUGGAAGAAAAGAAGAAACUGAUCGCCAACAUCAGGAACAAACCAUGGAGGAUGAAACGGAGGCUCACACACCUCCGGGAGGCUCAGCAGUUUGUCGAUAAGUUUGAAGGAGCAUUGGGAAAAGGAAAAGGCCGGAGGUGGUAUGCCUACAAAGUGAUGAUGACAAAGAAAUGGAUCAAGUUCCAAAGAGAUUUUGAAAAUUUCAGAACAGCUUGUAUCCCCUGGGAGAGGAAGAUCAAAGAGGUGGAAAGUCACUUUGGAUCAUCUGUGGCAUCGUACUUUAUCUUCUUGCGCUGGAUGUAUGGCAUGAACCUCGUUCUUUUUGGCUUCACGUUUGGUCUGGUGGUCAUCCCUGAGGUUUUGAUGGGCCUUCCUUAUGGGUCCAUUCCCAGAAAGACUGUCCCCAGAGCAGAGCAGGACACUGCUCAAGAUUACUCUGUCCUCAUGGACUUCAACGGUUACUGCAAAUAUUCCGUGUUGUUCUACGGGUAUUACAACAACCAGAGGACCAUCGGCCUGCUGAAAUUCAGGCUCCCACUAUCCUACCUCAUGGUUGGGAUCGGAACCUUUGGCUACAGCCUGAUGGUUGUGAUUCGCACGAUGGCAAAGAACGCUGAUGUUGGCGGUGGAGACGGAGAAGAAGGAGAGUUUACCUUCGCCUGGAAGAUGUUCACCAGCUGGGAUUACCUCAUCGGAAAUGCAGAAACCGCUGACAAUAAGUAUGCCUCCAUCACCACCAGCUUCAAGGAGUCCAUAGUAGAUGAGCAGGAGAACCAGAAGGAUGAGAACAUUCACCUGAGGAGGUUUCUCCGAGUCCUGGCAAACUUCCUGAUCACUUGCAGCCUCUGUGGCAGUGGUUACCUCAUCUACUUUGUGGUGAAGCGGUCACAGGAGUUUGCCAACAGAGAUGACCUCAGCUGGUACGAAAAGAACGAGGUAGAGAUCGUCAUGUCUCUGCUGGGUUUGGUGUGUCCUCCUCUGUUUGAGACCAUUGCUGAACUGGAGGACUACCAUCCUCGAAUUGCCCUCAAGUGGCAACUGGGACGCAUCUUCGCCCUCUUCCUGGGAAACCUCUACACCUUUUUGUUUGCCUUGUUUGACGAAGUGAACACAAAGCUGGAGGAAGAACAGUCCAUUAAGAACGCCUCUGAAUGGGCCAUGAAGGAGUAUUACGCCAACUACUCACGUCUGAUCAAUGACACUGAAGCCACGCCUCCCCCUAUGAACCCUGCUGACGUGAUCAGGGGACCCUGCUGGGAGACCGCCGUUGGCAUUGAAUUUGUGAAGCUGACAGUGUCGGAUAUCCAGGUGACCUACCUGACCAUCCUGAUCGGUGACUUCGCUCGAGCGGUCAUCGUUCGCUUUCUUAACUACUGCUGGUGCUGGGACCUGGAGGCGGGAUUUCCGUCUUAUGGAGAGUUUGACAUCAGUGGCAAUGUUCUGGGGUUAGUCUUCAAUCAAGGAAUGAUCUGGAUGGGGGCAUUUUUUGCCCCUGGGCUGGUUGGCGUCAACGUGCUCCGCCUCCUCACCUCCAUGUACUAUCAGUGUUGGGCUGUAAUGGCCACCAACGUGCCACACGAAAGAGUCUUCAAGGCUUCCAAGUCCAACAACUUCUACAUGGGCCUGCUCCUCCUCAUCCUGUUCCUCAGCCUGCUCCCUGUGGUCUACGUCAUCAUGACCAUGCCACCUUCAUUUGACUGUGGACCCUUCAGUGGGAAAGAAAAAAUGUUUGACGUGAUUAUGGAGACGAUCGACCUGGACCUCCCAGCCUUCAUGGGGACGUUGUUCAGUUACGUUGCCAACCCGGGACUCAUUAUACCAGCUGUGCUGCUCAUGGUACUGGCGAUCUACUAUCUGAACUCUGUGUCUGAAGCUUACCAAAACUCCAACAUGGAGCUGAAGAAGAAGAUGCAGAUGGCCCGUGAUGAAGAGAAGAACAGGAGGAACAACACUGACAGCACCAACCAGGUCAUGAAAGACCUGGAGACCUCAUGCCAAAAUCACUCCCUCGCACCACCUGCACCCCCUCCAGAGCCCGAAAAGCCCCCAGAGCCUGAAGGAAGGCCAACCAAGACAAAGCCUGGGAUGGCGGGUAAAGGCGUGAACCUGCAGAAAGAUGUGACUCUGGCAUCCCCCAAUCCCAACACUCGAGGGCCAGUGAGUAAGGCACCCAACCCCAGAGGACCCGGACCCAGUCCAGGAGCAGGCAGAGGCCGUGGGGGAGGGAGGCCUCCAAGAUAACGAUGUGGGGGGGAUCACAUCCCUGUUCAUGGUGUCCGUCCCUCAGAUUGUAUUAAGAAUGUAGCAAAAAAACUUUCAAUGGCUGUUCACAUGUUACUGAAAUCAACAGCACAAGCAGUUUUUGAAAUUUAUUUAAUACUACAACUAUAAUCAACAGUGCACUUUUGCAACAUGGUGCUUUAAAAGCAUAACUAAUGGAGACACAAGGCAGUGAAGGAUUGUAGUUUGUCCAUGUGGGUCCGUUGUACAUCCAGGUUAGAGCUCUUCUGUUGAUUACUGCGCGUGCAACCAUUAGUGAGUGUUUAAAUUUUCAUUCUGAUAACAAUGCUGUGGCCAUGGAAUCUAUUUAUUUCUGACUGAAGAGCAACAAGCGAGACUAACCUAACACAGUUCUUGCAUAAUAGAAUACUGCCCCCUUCUGGAUGGAACAAGUACAACUGCUCCUUCUUUUUUUUUUUUUUUUGGUCAUUUCCCAUCAGCCCUGGUUUGAGACCUGCUUUUAUUCCUGAUUUAGGAACCCACAUAACCACACGGCCAAUACAAAAUAAUCUUCACUGCUCAACAAGCACUAAACUUUAUGAGGCUACUUGUGACAUGUUGAUUAAAACCUUUCAGCAAAA